UAAAGAAAUUUGAACAGUUUUUGAAAAUAAAGUUCCAUGAUGCAUUGGAUUUAUAUGUGUAGUUUCUUGCUUUUAACUUUCGGUUGCGUAAAAAUUUCUGCAAUUCAAUUGUCUGAGAACUUAAAAGCACAUGUUAAAAACUUGCAUAUGCAAUGCCAAAAGCAGACUGGAGUGUCAGAUGAAGUUUUACAAAAGCUACAACAUACCAUUGUUAGCGAAGACCAGACCUUAUAUUGCUACUUUCAUUGCCUGUUGGACACAGUGGGUUUAAUUGAUGAAGAAAAUAAUGUACAGCUUGAGAAACUUUCGGAUAUUGUGCCAGAAUAUGAAACCAUAAUAAAAACGUUGGUUGAAAAAUGUGGCACAAAACAUGGCGCUGAUGCUUGUGAAACCGCAUAUCUUACAGUUAAGUGUUAUGUUGAAGUUGAUGCAGCAAAUUUAAAUAGCGCUUUUGGCUUUUUAUUUAUCUAAAAUAAAUGUGUAUUAAAUUAUCAGAAAUACAAUGUUUAUUAGUUUAAAUAAUGUAAUUCAUUUUAUUAAAUAAAAAAACCU